GUCACACCAAGCGUAUAAAAUCAAGGCCAGGCAGUCGGAGCCACUCCGAGCAGAGGCACGAGGCACCAGGACUUUAGGACAGGAAACAGAUCUUGCAAACUGCAGGCACCUCGGAGAAGGAUGUUGUCACCCUUGCUCAUCCUCCCUCUGCUGCUGGGGACCACGGCACAAGGCCCCGUGAGCAGAGCAGCAUCUAGGGAUGUCACCACCUUUUUCCAGCUGGCUCAGGAAGACACUUGGAAGAAUGUUAAUCUUACUAGCAUGUCCUGUGAGGAUCGGAAGAACAAGACCUGGAUCACUCUGCAGCUGACCAGCAGCAACCUGACAGCUUUUCCUGUCUGCCUUCCAGAGGCCCUGGAGACCUUGGAUCUCAGCAAUAACCUCCUGGAAGAGGUGAACGGCACAGAGAUAGCAAACCUCCGACAACUGCAUGUCCUCUCGCUGAGGCACAACCACCUCUGGUCUGUGAGGUGGGGACCUGAAGCCCUCAGCAGUCUCCUCAAGCUGGACUUGAGCUUUAAUAAGCUGUCAUCUGUGCCAUCCUGCCACGACUCUGCCCUGCCUAACCUGAGGUGGUUGUCCUUGGCUGGAAAUCCACUGAUGGAAAUCCAGCCACUGGCUUUUUCCUGCUACCCUCAGCUGCAGGUCUUGAACCUCUCUGCAACACUGCUCGGGCAGGAUGACAGCAGAGGAAUUAGGGACUCUGCUUUUGCCAUCAGCACAGAUCCCAACGAGGCCAUGAACAGGCCUGGAAACUCCAUCAGCGUGCUUGAUCUGAGCAGGACCUUUUUUGAGAAAAUUCAGCCAGAGUGGGUCAGAGACUUGGCCAACCUCAGAUCACUUCACCUGACAAACAUGCCACGGUUAAGAAGCCUCGAUAGUGACGUCUUCAAGUCUCUGCCUGCUCUCCAAGAGCUGCACUGUCAGAACUCCCGUUCCCUGGGUUUCGUGCAGAUGGAGAUGUUUGCCAGUGCUCCUCACCUGAGUCAUCUCUCGUUUGAGAACUGUAACCUGAGUUCCUUUAAUCCUUGGAACACCAAUUCAUCGGAUGGCAUCACCACCAUCAACUUGUAUGGGAAUCCUCUGCUGUGCAACUGCCAGCUCUCCUGGCUGCUGUCCAAGCCCAAGAAAGUCGUUCUGCAAAAGGCUCGGGAGACUUUUUGCACAUCCCAGGAAGAUUCUGGCAGACCUCCAACAUCUUUUUCGCUGCUGGAGCUCUACGAUAAAUGCCAUUCAGAGAGCAAUGUUACACUGCCCGAUUCAAACACAGCCCUUCCCAAUCAUGAUGCUUUCAGCUUCACCGGUGAUGAUGCCUCUGCUACAGUAACAACAGACUCAGCUCUGUUGACCAAAGAUUUGACUCACACCAGCUCCCUUAUCCAGAGGAAUGUAAGGAGCACAGCAACACCCAACCCAACACUAACCAAAGACACCUAUACCAGCUCCCUAAUCCAGAGGGAUCUGAUGAGCACUGCAGCAUCCAACCCAAUGCUAACCAAAGACACCUAUACCAGCUCCUUAAUCCAGAAGGAUGUGAUGAGCACUGCAGCAUCCAACCCAGUGCUAACCAAAGACACCUAUACCAGCUCCCUAAUCCAGAGGGAUGUGAUGAGCACUGCAGCAUCCAACACAACGGAGCUGAUCCUAACAAAAGCCAACAGUUCCUCCCACGAGGAGGAGGCAGUUUCUGAAUCCACAAGCAAUCCCCCUUCCUUGGCAUCUGUAACCUCCUUCCCAGUUUUUCUCCAAGAGCUCUUUGCUCAGUCCCCAGAUCACAGCUCCACAAGUCCAGCUGGAACAGAACAGCUACAGAGAGGGCUCAGAACAACUGACACGACAUUCCCUCGGGAAGAGCAAUUCAACCAGACCACCAGUGAUUAUUCCACUGGAGGAACAGGAGUUCCCCACACCACCAACCACCACGUUCACGCCUUUGGCACCCAUGCCAAGGAAGAUGCCCCACAAACGAGCCCCCCACAGCUGAACUCCACAGGGAGCAGUGCCCACUCAGAGCCACCCACCACACCAUCACCACAUUACAUUGAUGACUAUGACUAUGAAGAAGCAGCAAAGGAAACCCCGGUGCAAGGCCCACAAGUGCACAUCGCCUGUGACUACAAUCCUUGCAGGCACCUGCAGAAGCCGUGCAGGGAACUCCAGAACAUAUCCCAGUGUUCAUGUCCCGGCACGUCGAGGGAAGAUGAGAUUCCAGACCCACCCAGGCUCAGAGAGGUGAUUGAAAUCACUGACAGCUCUGCACAGGUACGCUGGUGUGCCCCUUAUUCAGUUGUUCACAGCUAUGAGCUGAUGCUUCGUGCCCAGGACAGCGAGGACAGGCAGCUUGUCAUGGACAACAUCUACCCCACGGCCAGGCAGUACACUCUGUAUAACCUGCUACCAUUCACCACUUACCAAAUCUGUGUGACUGCCUCCAACAAAGCAGGGUCAAGCCAGACGACAGGCCAGGAAAUUCCAGGUAAUUCAUGCACCAGCUUUAAAACAAAACCCAGCUACAAGUAUGUUUUUGCUGGUCUGUCUGCAGCAAGUGGACUCUUUCUCAUUACCACAAUUAUUUUGUCUGUGUGCCUGUGUAAGGCAUGUAAAAAGCCUCAGAGUGAGCAGUAUGGUACACACUUAGUCUCCUACAAGAACCCAGCAUUUGAUUAUCCCUUAAAAUUACAAGCCACUAAUUAGCUCUGAGUGAUUGUUCUAUGCAUUCAAAGUUCACUAUCUCCAUCACCUUGGCAUGUUUUUGUGAGACUCUGAAAAUGUCCUUCAGCAAAACUAUGAACCAUCAAAUUCCAUAACCCUGAUGUUUCUAAGGGAGAGAAAAGCACCAAAAAAAAAA